GUGGUCGUCUUCAGCAUUUGCACCCGCCGCACUCGAUCGUCCUGAUGCUGAAGAAGUAGCCCGGGAGGCGGACACCAGGCCGGAUUUCUUGGUGAUUCGACCACGCUUGGAUUCUUUGUGCGGUUGAGCAUCGCUCAAGAGAAGUCAGUACGGUGGACAGUGGGAGAACGGAGAUACAUACGACGUCACACUCGCCUUUCGCUUGGUUCGCUUAUCCUCAACAUCCUUGCGAGUCAGCUUGGAGGCGGUUUUGGGACCUUUUUUUUGGUUGGCGUCGCUACCCGGGGCUGCAAACAAGGGAUCCUGAAUGUCAGACAUAUCAUCGUCGGCACCUGGAUCUGCAAUGCAGCCUUGAGCAUCGCGUCUAGUUGACAUUGGCGGCGUACCAAGAUUCUCCUCAUCCUCCGAGGUGACAGCAGUUUGCGCUGGACCAGACCACUUUUUUGGUCGGAGCAAGGGAAGCGGCCGAGCGGCGCUGAGCAUGAGAUGCAUCAAGCUUGUCCUCGGCAUACAACUCGUCUGCAACAUCGGCAACAGCUUGAACCUUCCGCUGUCGCAAGGUCUCAGCUGCCUCUUUCCGUUUUUCUUCAGCCUGUCGUUCCUGGGCCACGGUCUCUGGCAAUCGCCGAAUAGGAGUGCCCUGUGCAGAGUGUGGUUUCAGGCCAGCAGCUCCUCGGGUCUGGAUUGGAGUUGUAUUGGCCGAAGACUGACGGGUGCGGCGUUUUGGGAUGGUGGGCAAGGACAUGCUGAUGGAUGAGGGAAGAGCGCCGUCAAAAAAUUUUCAGCGAUCGACCACCCCUACGACCUCCAUCCUCUGCAGAAUAUGCCAAACCGCCCGUUCCAUGCUCGUAACCUGCCAUGCCCCGUUCCAGGAUGCGACAAACUCUUCAAGAACCAAUCCGGUCUUACACAGCACCGAAACAGAAAGCAUGCUCAGUUUCACAUUGAGCGCGCCCAAGCCCGUUCGCACUUGCGGUCCAGCAGUCAGUCCAGUGGCGCAUCUGCUGCGUCUGGCGGUGUAGAUUUUGUUCCUCAAGAUGACCCUGGCGCUCCACCGCUAAUCCACCCUCCGGCUCCCAAUCGCCGUGACCGCAUUGUGAUCCACCCCUUCUUAGACGGCACUCCAUGUGACGCGCAAGGAAACUAUCUGCCUCCUGGUUCACUGCCUCCUCCGCGGGAAUACGGAUCGAAAACCGACUACUCCCCGUAUGCAAAUCACCUCGACUUCCAUCUUGCCGAUCUCCUCUAUCGUCGCGUGCAGAUGUCCGGUGGUGAGAUUGACGAGUUAAUGCAGAACUGGGCUGCUCGCAAUCCGGCCCAAUCGCCCCCUUUCAACGAUCAUGACGACCUCUAUGGAACGAUUGAUGCCACCGAGCUCGAUACCAUCCCCUGGCAGUCUUUCGAGGUCAGAUACAACGGAACAAUCACCGAGGGCAGCACAACACCAUGGAAGCAGAAGGCUCAUACAGUCUAUUUCCGCAAUCCACGAGCAGUGCUGCAGAGUCAGCUUGGCAAUCCCGACUUUGCGAAGGAGAUGGACUUUGCAGCUAAGCUGGUGUAUGCGAAGGAUGGAUCGCGGGAAUACCAGGACUUUAUGUCUGGGAAUUGGGCAUGGCGACAGUCGGAUAUGAUUGCAAAUGAUCAAAGAACGCAUGGCGCCACUUUUGUACCAAUCAUCCUCGGCAGCGAUAAGACCACGGUUUCUGUUGCCACUGGCCAGAACGACUUCUACCCACUGUACCUCUCCAACGGGUUGGUAUAUAACAGCGUCCGCCGGGCCCAUCGAAACGCUGUCACCCUCAUUGGCUUUCUCGCAAUCCCAAAAACGGACCGCGAGAACGAGGACAGCUCAGAGUUUCGCACUUUCCGCCGCAAUCUGUUCCAUGGCUCUCUGUGCCAGAUCCUUGAAUCGCUGCGCGAGGGAAUGUCGACACCUGAGGUUGUGCGCUUUGCCGAUGGUCAUUAUCGUCGCGUGGUGUAUGGUCUUGGGCCUUAUAUUGCCGACUAUCCAGAGCAGGUACUUCUUGCUGGCGUCGUUCAAGGGUGGUGCGCUCGCUGCACGGCCUCUAACAAGGACCUAGAUGGUGAUGAAGACAAUGCAGGGCGUCGCUCUCAAAAGCUGACAGAGGCCAUCCUUGAUGCAUUCACACCCAAGGAGAUGUGGUCAAGUUAUGGUGUCAUUCAUGAUGUAAAGCCUUUCACCUGGUCCUUCCCCCGGGCCGACAUACAUGAACUAUUAUCACCCGACCUGCUCCACCAACUGAUCAAGGGAACGUUCAAGGAUCAUCUUGUUACAUGGGUGGAGGAGUAUCUGGAGGCAGUUCACGGGUCCGCAAAAGCAAAGAAGAUAAUGGCCGAUAUUGAUCGACGAAUUGCCGCAGUACCAGCCUUUCCUGGCCUUCGACGGUUCCCUGAAGGUCGCGGUUUCAAACAGUGGACGGGGGAUGAUUCCAAGGCGCUGAUGAAGGUCUAUAUGCCUGCCAUUGAGGGCCAUGUUCCAUCUAAAAUGAUUUGCGCCUUCAGCGCCUUUCUUGACUUUUGUUACCUCGUCCGACGCAACAUCAUUGACCAGGCAACACUGGUCCAAAUCCGAGACUCAUUGACCCGCUACCACCAAGAACGACGGGUAUUCGAAGACAUUGGUGUUGUCCCAAACAAGUUCUGCCUCCCACGGCAGCAUUCACUAUCUCACUACGCACAUCUCAUCCAAGAAUUUGGCGCCCCCAACGGUCUCUGUUCAUCUAUAACCGAAUCCAAACACAUCAAGGCUGUAAAAGAGCCCUGGCGGCGUUCCAGCCGUUUCCAAGCCCUCGAACAAAUGCUGACCAUCAACGAACGACUUGACAAGCUGGCAGCUGCGCGCGUAGACUUCAAAGCCCGUGGGAUGUCUGUCGCUGCCAUUCCUGACCCUGCCGUUGUCGAAGCCACAGAUGAAGACGAGAAUGAUGAUUUAGCAGGCAUUGAUGACAGAGAGAUUGAAGGGGAGGUGAAGCUAGCAAUAAUGCCCGUACGACAUCUACCCCGGAAUCCCUACAACCUUGCCCCACGCGUCAAUGUUCCCACUCUCCCCGCCCUCCUCCGCCGCUUUCUUUAUGCACAAAACAAUCCUGAUUUCGACGGUAUCCUUGCCGAUGUCCCCCUCGACUUGUGUCCCGACGCACCAAAGAAAGUCCGUGUCUUCCCAUCUGCAACAGCCACAUUCUACGCGCCUAGCGACCAGUCUGGUCUCAGCGGACAUCUCCGCGAACGCAUCCGUGCGUCCCCAUCAUGGCGCCGUGGUGCUGCUCGGCAUGAUUGUGUGUUUGUUGAAGGCAAUGAUGCACUGGGCUUCCGCGGUCUUAUGGCAGCUCGUGUCCAGCUGUUCAUCUCAUUCAAAUACCGUCGUAUUGAUUAUGCAUGUGCGGUCGUGAAUUGGUUUUCCACCAUUGGAGACCAACCUUGUCCUGAUAUGGGCAUGUGGAUGGUCGAGCCUGACCUUGAUGCACGACGCCGGCGGGUCUUGGAUGUCAUUCACAUUGAUUCCAUCCUUCGAGGCGCUCACCUCGUUCCCAUUUUUGGCAAGAAAUUCAUUCCCCGGACCUUGCUCGACUUAUACACUCGGGACGUAAUGUUCUAUGAUGAUGACAACGACGACACUUAUUCACCGCCGCGGGGUACCAGCAAAAGUCCCUAUUUUGAGAGUCAGCACAAGCACAUUGCUUUUCAUGAGGAACGUGCUCGCAAAAAGGCGGCAAAGGCCAAAGUCUCCCCGAGUCCUACACCUCGUCCGAGUCGGACACUACAUGGUGCUAAGGGAGGGCUGGGCAUCCGCGGCAUGUUCACUGAAGGCGGCGCGUUGCAUUCUCAAACCGAUUCUCAAACCCACAUCGAUGUUCUGUGCGCCACCUAUGCCAGCAACCCUUCCCCGUCUCCAGCCUCCAGUCUCUUGCAAUGCGCAGGAAUGAGGGAUCAAGCGGAAACAGUCCUCGACCACCCUGCUUGCCAAGAGCGGAAGAGUUCAGUCCUGCCUGUGUUUCCCGAGAUCACGGAACCCAAAUUGACGCUGCAGGGUGAGGAGGAUGGUUUGGGGACACAGCCCGAGCUUAGGCAGGACACAGAUCUUGGCCGAGAACCAGAGACCCAGUUUGAUGAGUGUUUCGACUCUGUCACUGACACGAAUCACCGGCUGCAAUUUCGCGUCAACGACCUCAUAGAGCGAUUGGCAAUGGUGGGAGAUCUCAGAGAUCACGCAGAGCAAGAACGAGACAAAGCCAUGGGAGAGUGUAACCGACUCAAGCGGAAGUGGGAGGAGUUGGAGCAGCAGAAAGAAGAGCUGAUGGAGCGACUCGAAAAACAGCGGCACAAGUGGGAGGCAGAGAGGGAUGCCGUGGCACAAGAGCGGGAUGGUUUCAAGCAUCAACUGUAUGAGGCUUGGCAUGAGUGUAGUAUGCAGAAGAGGCGCGCAAAUAUCAUGGCCGAGUCGCUGAAUGAUGCUGCUCAAAAUGCUUCAGAUUUGGCCAAGAUGUUGUCUGAUGCCGCCAACUCGAAGUAGCCGCGCCGCGGAUUGGAGGGCUUAGUGAAGGUUGCACAUGUACUAGCUACUAUGCCUAACACCGAGUCAUCUGUUUAACGGAAUACUAUGCUUACUAAAUGCUACU